CGCUGACACCAACUUCUGCUCGCGAACUCCGUUCUGCCCCUUUUUUGGCCCAGGGCGACCUCGACGGCCCUGACAGCGACAGGCCCGCCGCAGUGCCCAGAAGGGCCCCCUGUGGCCCAGCGCCUCCCCGGCUCUUUCUGGAUGGAGGCGCCUCAGGAAGGAGCUAGCGGCCUGCACUCUCCCGCCGCUGCUGACCACACCUCCCCUAGCGCAGAGGCCGCUGUGAAGAGCAGGAAAUGCUGCACCAGCUGCCCCCCCGGGAUCUUGGUCUGAACGCUAGGAUGGAGCUGGGGGCAGCCACUGAGACCUUCGUGCUGGAGCUUCGGUGUCUUGAAGAUGGGGGCCCAGGGCCUGGCACCCUCUCAGGUGGCAGUGGUGGGGGUGAGAAUCAAGAGGAAGAAGAGGCUCAGGAGAAGAACGGCAGCCCACCACGGCCAACAAGCUCAGCCCCGAUGGGGGCCGGGGAACUCGCUGAGGAAGCACAGCCCGGACAGCAGGAGUUGCAACUGCAACAGUCAGAAUGGCAACGAGAGCUGCAGCCAGAGCAGCAAACACAAAGCCAGCCGUCAGGACAGCAGCUAGAAUUGCAGCAGCAAGAUGGGCAAGGCCAGCUGCCUCAACAAAACAAGGACCUGCAGGGAACACCCCAACCUGUGCCCCCUGGGCAGCUGAGACCACAGCUGCAGCUGAUGCAACGGCAGGAACAAAUACAGGAGCAGCAAGUGCAGGAGCAACAACUGUGGCAGCAACAGCAGAAACUGUUACAAGAGCAGGACCAGUCACAGCAGCAGCAGCACCUGCAGCAGCAGGACCAGUUACAGAAGCAGAAGCAGGAGGAACAGUUACAGCAGCAGCACCUACAGCAGGACCAGUUACAGCAGCAGCAGCAGCAGCAGGAGGAGGAACAGUUACAGCAGCAACAGCAGAACCAGUUGCAGCAGCAGCAGCAACAGUUACAGCAGCAAGAGCAGGGCCAGUUGCAGCAGCUGCAGCAGAAGCAGGAGGAACAGUUACAGCAGCAGCAGCUGCAGCAGCAGCAGGAACUGCUACAGCAGCAGCGACAGGAACAGUUACAGAUGCAGCAGCUGCAGCAGCAGCAGGAACUGUUACAGCAGCAGCAGCUGCUGCACCAGCAACAGUUACAGCAGCAGCAGCUGCUGCACCAGCAACAGUUACAGCAGCAGCAGCUGCAGCAGCAAGAACAGUUGCAAGAGCAGCAGCAGCCCCGUCCACUGGAGCCAGAGGAGGAGGAAGAGGUGGAGCUGGAGCUCAUGCCGGUGGACCUGGGGACGGAGCAGGAACUGGAGCAGCAGCGGCAGGAGCUAGAGCGGCAGCAGGAGCUGGAGAGACAACAGGAACAGCGGCAGCUGCAGCUUAAACUGCAGGAGCAGCUGCAGCAGCUGGAGCAGCAGCUGGAGCAGCAGCAGCAGCUGGAGCAGCAGCAGGAGGUGCAGCUGGAACUGACCCCGGUGGAUCUGGGAGCCCAGCAGCAGGAGGUGCAGCUGGAGCUGACCCCCGUGCAGCCGGAGCUGCAGCUGGAGCUGGUGCCCGCCGCAGGCGGCGGCGGGACUGCGGCCCCGGGCGCUCCAGCCGCGGUCGUGGUGGCCCCCCCGGGCUACGUGGUGCUGCAGGAGCUCGCCACGCACACGGGCGAGCGGCCGCACCGCUGCGGCGAGUGCGGCAAGGGCUUCUCGCAGCACUCCAACCUGGUGACGCACCAGCGCAUCCACACGGGCGAGAAGCCCUACGCCUGCUCCUACUGCGCCAAGCGCUUCAGCGAGAGCUCGGCGCUCGUGCAGCACCAGCGCACGCACACCGGCGAGCGGCCCUACGCCUGCGGCGACUGCGGCAAGCGCUUCAGCGUCUCGUCCAACCUCCUGCGCCACCGGCGCACGCACUCGGGCGAGCGGCCCUACGUGUGCGAGGACUGCGGCGAGGGGAACAGUUACAGCAGCAGCAGCUGCUGCACCAGCAACAGGGUGAAGGUCCAGGUCAUCCCAUUAGACGGGCCUCCUGGAGCAGCAGAGGUGCUGAAGGCAAAGGGGUCCGGGGAUGAUGGGGGAGAUGAGGGCCCACUACAGCAGUAG